CAGGUCUUUGAGGCCCUUCGGGACUGCAAGUCUUGGGUCAUCACCUUCUUCUUCCUGUGCAUGAACGUCUCCAACGGCGGUCUUAACACGUUUGCCGCCCAGAUUGUCUCCGGAUUCGGCUUUACUCCUCUGAACACCGUCCUGCUUGGUAUGCCCACCGGUGUGAUCCAGGCUCUUGCUUCCAUCCUGGCGACACUGCCUCCGCGAUACAUCAAGGACACACGUUGCCUCUCCGCGGCAGUGUGCUGUGUUGUGCCCUUGGUCUGCUCCAUUGUCAUCCGAAAGCUGCCAGACUCCAACCGAGGUGGCCUUCUGACAGCCUACUACUUCUUCUACUUCUUCUGGGGACCUUACGCCUUGGCGCUCAGCUUGCCCAUGGCAAACACCAGUGGGCAUAUGAAGAAAGUGACUGUGAAUGCCAUGGUGUUCCUGGCAUACUGUGUCGCAAACAUUAUUGCCCCGCAAACCUUUAGAAGCUCAGAGGCGCCGCACUACAGAACCGGGUACAACUGCAUCUUGGGCUUUGAGUGCUCUGCCGUAGCGCUGAUGGCCAUGUACUGCAUUGGAGUGAAGUGGGAGAACAAGAAGAGGGAUCGGCUGUAUGGGGAGGUUACAAGAACGGCUGGUGAGUUCACCAUGGACGACAACACCGAUGAUGUCACGAAUUUCGAGAAGAAAAACUUUCGAUAUGUUUGUUAG